AUGAAAAAUCAAGUCGAGAGCAUCGAAAUGACUGCAAAUCACGAUGAUAAUGAAAUUAUUGCCGAGUAUGAGAGAGCUGUGAUCUUCCGUGUCGGGCGAAUCAGCGGCAACAAAGCUGUCGGACCUGGUUUAUUCUUUAUCGUCCCGUGCACUGACAGCUUUAUCAAGGUCGAUAUGCGAACGAUCUCUUUUGACAUUCCACCUCAAGAGAUCCUCACAAAGGAUUCCGUCACAAUCCGAGUUGACGCCGUCGUCUACUACAGAAUUGGAAAUGCUAUUGCCUCGGUUAAGAACGUUGAAAACGCGUCAAUCUCCACACGACUCCUCGCUCAGACAACUCUGCGAAACAUCCUGGGAACAAGAAACCUCUCGGAAGUUCUCUCUGACCGAGAAGCCAUUUCAAAUGAAAUGCUGCAGAUCCUCGAUGAUGCCACUGACCCAUGGGGAAUCACUGUCGAACGAGUUGAAGUCAAGGAUGUUAUUCUGCCGCAAUCCCUCCAGAGAGCCAUGGCUGCUGAAGCCGAAGCCGCCCGAGAUGCCAAAGCUAAGAUUAUUGCUGCUGAGGGAGAAAUGAAUGCCUCAAAGAGCUUGAAAGAGGCCGCUGAUGUCAUCAAUAGCUCUCCCGCUGCACUCCAGCUCCGAUAUCUCCAGACUUUGACCACAAUCUCAGCUGAGAAGAAUUCUACAAUCGUUUUCCCAAUUCCGAUGGAAAUGAUGAAGGGAAUGGGCGGCGGUGGAAGCCGAAACUCGACUUUUACGACCCUGACGAAAGAUGAAUAA